GGCAAGCUAAAUCGUGGUCGUUUCUGAAAUGUGUAAUAAUCAAGAUAUAUAAAAGGAUUGGACGAAUGGCUUGUUCCUUGUGCAAUCAUUAUUUAAUGGGCAGUUCAUUAUACGUGAUCUUUUUGGGCUUCAUUGGGACCGUUAGUCCAUCUAUUAAUGCAAAAUUUCGUCAGGUAGUCACAGCUCUUGACAUAAUACGCACAAUAAAUUAUAAAAUUCCCAGAACGUCAUCACAUCACAGGAAUAAUCAAGAAGUGCCGUUUACUAUUGAAAGAGAUUUGAAGUUGAUGACAUCGAUUCUGGGAAUCGAGCAUUACACUUUAAUUAUGUUAGGCGCCAUUACAGAAUAUCCUAUGUUGCACACGCCCUGGUUGCUCAUGCAACUCUGUGUUAUCAUCGUGGAGAUUAUUGUCUUCUUCGUGAGAUUCUUUCUAGACGGUUUGCACGUCAAGCGUAAUGAAAUAUUACAAGCAAUAUUUAUUUUACACAAUUGGUUGCAAGUCUUCUGUCUUUUUCAUCAGCAAGUACGACAAAUUGUUUAGAAAAUUGUACUGUUUUUACUAAAUUAUUAUAUAUCUAUAUAUGUCAAUAUGUAUUGAAUAGAGAUGUAAUAUUCAUUUGGAUAUUUAUAAAUUCGAUUUUUAAAUAGUUAAU